UUAUUAAGGAUUCGGCUACUACGUGUAAGUGUGUGCCGUUUGACGCUGUCACUGUCUACAGCACUGGCUAUCUUUUGUGCCAGAUAAAUGUCUCAAGUUUGAAAAUGAUUGUGUUGAAUGUUUAUAGCUCAACGUGUCGUCACCCACUUUACAGUACAGUUCGGAGAUUUGCAAACGCUGUGCGAAUCGAUUCGACCGAGUCAUUAAAAGAGUGAACGAGUCAUUGGCGGACCGGACGUCGCUAUAGUGCUCGGGUGGUCUGCUCCGAAUAUAUCCUAUACGGUUCACUGCACCCGUCAAUUAAUUCAUUAACGCGACUAGCAGCAGCUAUGGCACAAGCGAAAAUUAACGCUAAAAUGAACGAUGCAUCUAAAGGCAAAUUCACCCGAACGCUUUCGAUGGCGGACCGGUCCGGACAGUUACUGGAAAGUCUGGAUCAGCUUGAGAUGAGGGUGGAGGCUCUUCGCGAGGAAGCCACUGCUAUGGAGCAGGAGAGAGAGUGCUUGAUUGAGAUGAUCCAGUCCAUACGAAACAGUCAGGAAAUGAGGAGCGUUUGUGACGGUACGCCUUCCGUGCUGCGUGACCACCGUUGUAAUGGAAAACAUAUAAACAUCAUUUCAACUUUUAUUUCAGGGGAAAGGGAAGAGCUCUCUCUGACCGCCUCGAGACUCCUGGGCAGGACGUUAACGGUGAGCAUUUCAGUGGAUACGAUCCGAAACGACCAGCAGGAAGAGGCCUUGAAGAAAGCCACGGCCAUUAUCGACGAGAUCGCUGGGAAAGUGCUGGAGGACAUGGAGGAGGCCAGAAAGCGUCUGCAGGCCCUUCACGCCGCGUGUGUGACCGACGCGCCUCCUGUGCCUCUGGAUCAGAAGUUUCAGAGCGUCGUGAUCAGCUGCGCCCUGGAGGACCAGAAGAAGAUCAAGAGGCGCCUCGAGACCCUCAUCAGGAACAUGGACAAUGCGGAGAAAACCAUUAAAAUGAUGGAUAACCAGAAAGUUGAUCAUUCCAGUCUUACCAAUGGCAAAUAGAGGCUGAGGGACUGACGAGCGCCACGCGUGCCUUUCCCUGAUAGCACACGUACAUCACGGAGACGUCUGCAAGACGUAUUUUUAGAGUG